UCAUAACAAUUGCAAUCAAAGAGAGAGAGAAAAAGAAAGAUAUAUUAUAGAUCAAGAGAGAGAGAGAGAGAGAGAGAGUGUGUGUGAGUGUUUGGUUAUAUAUGGUGGAGAGGAGGAGGAGACCUCUACUACUACUACUACUACUACUACUAUCCUCCUUAUCUACCUCUUACAUUAAUGGCUCUCACCACUCUCCUCCCCUCAGAGACUAAUACCACCACUCACCACCACCACCACCACCACCACCACCAUCGCCGCCGCAAGAAGAAGCCUCCUCCUCCUCCACCACCCCCACCCCGCACCACCACCACCACCACCACCUCCUCCUCCUCCUCCUCAUGGUCACAGCUCAAGAGCCUCCUCAGCUGCGGCAGCAGCUCCUCCUCCGCCCAAGUCCACGACCCCUCCACCGCCAAAGCCAAUCUCCGUCGCUCCGGCGCCUGCGGCCCCUCCCUCUGCGCCUUCCGCACCGCCGCCGCCGCAGCCGCCUCCGAAUGCGGCUCCGCGGCGUCCUCCCUCCCCGAGACGGCGCCGCUCGCGGUGCGGCGGCGGCACCACCAGGUGGCGGCCGCACCGGGGGGGUUGAGGGGCCUGUCGGGGUGCUACGAGUGCCGGGCGGUGGCCGUGGAGCACGCGGGGCGGUACCCCGGGCGGCCGCGGGCGGAGCUGUGCACGUGCCCGGCCUGCGGGGAGGUGUUCACCAAGGCCGAGAGCUUGGAGCACCACCAAGUCACCCGCCAUGCAGUGUCGGAGCUGGGGCCAGAAGAUUCAGGGCGGAACAUAGUGGAGAUAAUCUUCAAGUCAAGCUGGCACAGCCGGGGAGUGCGCCGCCGGCCGACGUGCCAGAUCGAGCGCAUCCUCAAAGUCCACAACACCCCCCGCACCCUCGCCCGCUUCGAGUCCUACCGUGACGCCGUCCGGCUCCACGCUCGCUCCGCCGCCGCCACCGCCUCGACCCGCGCGGCGGCUGACGGCAAUGAGCUCCUCCGUUUCCACUCCGCCCGCCUCCUCUGCCCUCUCGGCAUCGGUGGCUCCUCCGCCCUCUGCACCGCGUCCGCCUCCGGAGCCUGCAGUGUCUGCGCUGCCAUCCGCCAUGGCCUCACGCACCGCAGCGACAGUCAUCCUGAACCCCUCGGCGUUCGGACGACCGCCAGCAGCGGUCGUGCGCAUGACUGCGAUCGCAGUUCUGGUUCAUUACCAUCAGCGGUCAUUGGGAGGACCAGUUGGGCCAUGCUCGUGUGCCGUGUCAUUGCAGGGAGCGUCCGUCGCCCGGGGGACCCGCUCGAUGAGCCGCAUGACUCGGUGGCCGCCGGAGACUGCGACGGCACCGGCGGGAAUCUCGAGGAGCUGUUCGUGGCCAAUCCUAGGGCGAUACUCCCUUGCUUCGUGGUCAUCUACCGAAUCCUCGAGUAAAACAAAAAAUUUAAACUUAAAUUACUUUCAAAUUUUCAAUUUGGGAGGAUUUCACGGUUGAUUUGGUUUGACAAUGUACGCGGAUAACAUAGACUCCAGUUGGAUUUGGUUGGGUCAGAUUCGGAACGGGUCUUUUUUCUAUAUACACAAAGCGAGUCAUAUUUUUUUUUUUUAGUUGGAUUCAGGUUAAGAACGCAUUAACAAAUAAUACAAAAAAGAUUUGAUUUGCAUCGA